AUGGCACAAUGUUUAAUGCUAUUUUUUAAUGGUCUUCUUUUAAUGCCUUUGUUAUGUUAUAUCAUGUUUGCUGGGACGAUGUCUGUUUCUGCUAUGCCAACUUCACAAAACGAUGAUACUACAAGUUUAACUUACGCUACAAAAAAAUCAUUAAAUGAGUUAGAAUUUACAGGUGGUCAUUGGUUUAGCGAACCAAAUCUGAUCACUUUCUUUAUCAGAACUGAAGGUUCUGGUAAAGUAGAUGAUAAUUUUAUAAUUCCUGAUUCUUAUCUAAUUUUAAGUGGCGAAAGAUUUUUAAUGCCAUCUCAAUUAAAUUAUUCGGAAGGUGUUGGUUUAAUUAGAACUGUAUCAUUGCCUCGGAACAAAAAUUGUCGUGACUAUCAUUUUGAAAUGUUUCAAUUUGAUAAUAUAAAUCGAUGGCCUAAAAAUAAUGAACUUCUAACCAUUGAAGGCGACCGUUGUCUCAUGCCAUUAAGUGAAGGUCUCGCAGUGUUUUUAUGCAUAAUUGAUUUAUCGAUUGCUUUCGCAUAUUAUACGAUUCCAGUUCAACUAAUGUAUUUCAUGAGGAAAGCUCCUAGACUUCCCUUUCCUUCGGUUUUUGGUUUAUUCAGUGCUUUCAUCAUAUUAUGCGGUACAACUCAUAUUGUUGCUUCUUGGAUGCCAUGGCAUCAAACAUAUGUACUUUCCGCUGUUAUAAAAGUAAUCACUGCCGUCAUCUCACUCAGUACGGCUGCAGCAUUAACCGUAAUUAUUCCGAAGGCGUUAGAGUUACCUUUAUUGGCAGCUCAAUUCGAAGAUGAAUUAAAUCAAACAUUACUCGUGCAGAAAUCUUUAAUCGAUGAAAAUCAAAUAAUGUCAAAUUUUAGACGCGUUACCCAUGCUAUUCGUGCUACUUUAUCUAAAGAAGUUAUUUAUCAUAAUACUGCUUCUGAAGUAUGCGGAAUCUUUGACUCUGAUAGAUGUCAAAUAUUUAUUUCAAAGACCAGAGGUUGGAGAAUUGUACAGGAUUACAUUAGAAGCGAACACAAAUAUCAUAAAAAUAUCAAUGUUCAAUUGAAUCCUGAUAGUAGUACUAUCAAUUAUGCUAUGGAGGAAGGCAAACCUUUAUUACUAGGUCCAAAUGAUACUGAAUUAUAUGACUUAUACUUGGAUGGAACUUAUAAAAAUAUCGAUAGGGUUAUACUUGUCCCAAUUAAAAUGUCUGAUAAUGAAUCUGGCAUUAUUGUAAUCCAACGUUGGAAUAAUACGGCUCAGGUUGAAUUUAAGUCGCAUAAAGAAUGGACUCAAAAUACUCAAAACAAUCUCAUCUUCCUAGCAGAUUUAGCUGAACAAAUUUCUAUUGCUUUGGCUCAAGCCACCUUAAUCGAACAAGACAAGAUUCGUAUCUACCAACUUGCUGAGCAAAAUGAUGCAUUAAUUCAAGCUAAAAAAGAAGCUUCCGCAAUUCAGGCUCAUCGUGAAUUUUUAGCAGUUAUGUCACAUGAAAUGAGAACGCCUCUUUACGCGAUUUUCGCGUUAACCUCAAUGUUAUUGGAAAUGCCACAUUUAUCAAAUCAAGAGAUGACUGAAAUGCGGGACAUGUUGGAAAUCAUCAAAAAGAGUGGAGAUAUGCUAAUAGCCAUCAUUAAUAAUGUCUUGGAUUUCUCUAAAUAUGAAGAGGAACAAUUACACUUGGAGCAUGUACCUUUUUGUGUACAAGAAGCUGUUGAGAAUUCAUUAGAUAUAGUAUCACUUCAAGGACAAGAAUCCACUAGACCACGUAUUAAUUAUAUGAUUGAUAAUACAGUGCCCUGUAACGUUGUAGGAGAUAUGACUAGAUUUCGACAAAUCAUCGUGAAUUUAUUGUCGAAUGCAUGUAAAUUCACUCAAAGAGACGGAGAUGUUGUCCUUUCAAUUGAAAGUGAAUAUAUUGAAAGACAAAAUGUUAAAAAGGUUAAAAUUAGAGGUGAAGUUACCGAUACUGGUAUCGGCAUAUCAAAGGAAGUUUUACCAAAGUUAUUUGAGAAAUUCUCGCAAGCUGACGCAAGUAUUACGCGUAGAUAUGGUGGAACAGGUCUUGGCUUAGCGAUUGUAAGGAAAUUAGUUAAAUUAAUGAAUGGAGAGAUACGAGUUGAACCAAACACUUCGGCAAAUAGUGGAACGAAAAUGAUAUUUUGUGUUGAACUUGAUAUCGAUCCAAAUAGUCCAUCUUAUCCAUCCUUGUCUCCAUUUUUCCGUCAAAAAUCUAUAUUUAUCUUGGAAAAACAUGAAAGUAAUGAGACAGGCCUCGUAAAAUUAUUAGAUCGAUGUGGUCUGCAAAGAUCGCCAAAGGUUAUCACAUCUUUGAAACAAAUAACUGAAGAUGAACAUUUGGAUGCUUUAAUAAUAAAUUUUCAGUUAUUAGUUGAAAAUAAUGAAGUAGAAAUGUUGAAACAUGAGAGAUGGUCAGCUAUACCAAUAAUGGUAUUGGUAAAUAAUAAAUCGCUUCAAAGAUCUAAUAAAUACAAAUUAGAUGGAGAUAAUUUGUUGUUUUCUUCUCUCCCUGUAAAAUUUAAAUCUAUGCUCAAAUUUUUAGAGGGAGAAUCAGGCAAUAACGAAGAAAAUUCAAAUGUGAUGGGUACAAUGACAGGUGAGGAAAGACCUUUAAUAGAUUUAAGCAAGGACAACGAGAAUCAAGAUCAAGUACAAAGUAAAGGAUCUUUAUCGUCAAAUGGACAGUCAAAAAGUUCUGGACCUGGAGAGCAUCUUCGACAAUUUAUAUUAACUACUUCACCAUCAUCAUCGGUUUCAAAUUUAUCGACCACUUUUACUACAAAAUCUUCAGGAAGUGAAAAAUCUUCACCCAUAAAUACUCCAAAACGGUCAUUUACCUCCUCACCACGAACAUUAACUACUAAUUCACCCACUGCAGCGACAGCUUCACAUAAUGAUACAACCACCACAACUGCCAUAUCGCCACUCCUUUUACCUUAUGAAGACCUUGACAUCGAUUUAAAUGGUAAAUUUGGUACUAUUGACGCGGAAAUACCUAAAUUAGAUGUGUUAAUUGUUGAAGACAAUGUCAUAAAUCAGAUGGUUACGUCGCGUAUACUUGGAAAAUUAAAUCAGUCGUGUGAUAUCGCGGGAGAUGGAAAAGCCGCGAUAAGCAAAUGUGAGAAUAAAGAUUAUGAUGUUAUAUUUAUGGAUAUUUCGAUGGCCGACAUGGAUGGAUUUCAGACAACCGAGAGUAUUCGAAAUAUAUUUCAAGAUAUGAGACGACCGUGGAUUAUCGCGUUAACAGGUAAAUGA